UUCUUUGACUGGCAAAACGAUGGCAACAAUUCUGCAAGCAGUUCGCCCUCUGCGUGCUGCUUGUUUUCUGAAGUCCGUGCGUUGGAACUCAAAUGAGGUUCCACUCAUUGAUCCUUCGCGCAUGAUUCAAAAACCCGACUUCCAACCGUCCACUCGCAAGUCGAAAGGUGCUGCCCUCAGGCCUCAUCUUGGCGUUGAAGUAGACCCGAACCAUGGUCUUUGGGCUUUCUUCAGGAAGAAGGAAAUUGACGGGGAGAUGACGUAUGAGAGUCUUGAAGCAAGAGACACAUUCCAAGACGAUCCCGCAAGGUCAUGGAAAGCUGCGGAAAUUCGGCGAAAGAGCUUCAAGGACUUGCAUACGCUUUGGUAUGUUCUCGUCCGAGAGCGCAACCUUCUUGCGGCUCAGAGAGAGGAGGCAAGACGACUCGGCAUCAGCAAUCAAGAGAGUCUUGCUGGCUGCAAGAAAGAUCUUCAGUGUCGGAAAUCGAUGGCACGCAUAAAAUAUGUGAUUAACGAGCGGAGGUUACUUUAUGAGAAGUAUGCUGCUGAAUUGGAAGCUAAACGCGAGCUCCUGGCGUCCAAGUCGAAACCCGUGACAACUGAUGUUCAGCCAUCUCAAGAUAAAGCAAAUGUUCCUCGCACGCGCGCUGAGAGGCUGAAGGCACGGCGGGCCAGGACACCUAUUACCGUAUGACGUGAAUGAGGGAGUCGCGCCCAACACUCUUGUACCAUACUCGUAGUUUCCCCUAAUAUUGCUUUCACUGCGUGCUACCAUCUCUUG